UCACUGCUACUUCAGUUCCUUUAACCCGCCAUCUUUUUGUUCUAUUCUUAAAAUCGGGAAUAACACCCACAAAACGCAAGGUGGCGCUGCAGGCUAAAAAGAGGAAAGAAAAAAAAAAUCGCAUAAAGGAUGUUGCGGAUGCCAGCGUUUAGAGGAAAGCUGACCAGACUAGAACAGUAGAGGAAAGGAAACCGUGGUAAGAGGAGUUGGGUAAAAUGGGAAUUCCUCCCUACAAGCACUGCUGUUAUCCAGUUCAUUUCUAAGGAUUCGAUUGAUGCCAUUUCUGAGUUGCUUAAGAACGAGAGAAAGUGUUUUUCAAAGUGGUUAAACGAAGAAUGGACGCCGGAGUGGAAUGUGCUGUGCAGCAAAGGCAAGUCCUCUUUCUUUGUGUAUUUCUGGGAAUGUCCUGGGCUGCUGAGGAACCGCUAGAGUAUUUUGUGGAGGAGGAAGCUGAGAGAGGCACCUUUCUGGCCAACCUAGCACAUGACCUGGGGUUCGGGAUGGAGGAACUGUCAGCCCGGGAGCCUAGAAUCAUUUCAGACCAGAAAAUAGGGUUUUUACUACUCGAUCCGCUUACUGGUGAUUUAUCUCUAAAUGAGAAAUUAGACCGAGAGGAACUGUGCGGCCCCAAAGAGCCUUGUGUGCUGCCGUUCCAGCUGUUAAUGGAAAAGCCUUUUGAGAUUUUCCGUGCUAAAUUAUGGGUUAGAGAUAUCAAUGAUCAUUCUCCAGUAUUUCUGGAUAGAGAGAUUCCCUUGAAAAUAUUAGAAAGUACCACCCUAGGGGCGGCAUUUCUUCUACAAAGUGCACAGGAUUCAGAUGUUGGAACCAAUAAUGUGAGAAACUAUACCAUCAGCCCCAAUGCCUAUUUCCACAUUAAUGUUCAUAAUGGUGCAGAGGGGAUUAUCUAUCCUGAAUUGGUCCUGGAUAGAUCGCUGGAUCGAGAAGAGGUGCCUGAGCUCAGUUUAAUCCUCACCGCCUUGGAUGGUGGCUCUCCGCCCAGAUCCGGGACUACCCUGGUGCGCAUCCUGGUUUUGGACACAAAUGACAACGCACCUGAAUUUGUACAGCCUCUCUACAAGGUGCAGCUGUGUGAGGAUAGCCCUGUGGGCUCUCUGGUUGUCACCGUCUCAGCUAGAGAUUUAGAUACGGGAAGUAAUGGGGAAAUAGUUUAUGCAUUUUUUUAUGCUACUGAAAGAAUUCUCAAAACAUUUCAAAUCAAUCCAAGAUCCGGCAGUGUUUAUCUCAAAGCGGAAUUGAACUAUGAGGUAAUGCAAACAUACACAUUAACUAUUCAGGCCAAAGAUGGCGGAGGACUUUCUGGAAAAUGUACCGUGGUGGUCCAGGUAACAGAUAUAAAUGACAAUCCACCAGAACUACUCAUGUCAUCACUUACUAGCCCAAUUAAAGAAAAUUCACUUGAAACAGUCGUCGCUGUUUUUAGGAUUCGAGACAGAGAUUCGGGGAACAAUGCAAAGAUGGUAUGUUAUAUCCAAGACGAUCUCCCCUUCGUCCUGAAGCCAUCUGUAGAGAAUUUCUACACCUUGGUAACAGACAGUCCCCUGGACAGAGAGGAAAGAGCCCAGUACAACAUCACCAUCACAGUCACUGACAUGGGAACCCCCAGACUGAAAACCGAGCACAACAUAACCGUGCUGGUGUCCGACGUCAACGACAACGCCCCCGCCUUCACCCAGACCUCCUACACCCUGUGGGUCCGCGAGAACAACAGCCCCGCCCUGCACAUCGGCAGCGUCAGCGCCACAGACACAGACGCGGGCGCCAACGCCCAGGUCACCUACUCGCUGCUGCCACCUCCCGACCCACACGUAGCCCUCGCCUCCCUCGUGUCCAUCAACCCCGACAACGGCCACCUCUUCGCCCUCACGUCCCUGGACUACGAGGCCCUGCGGGCCUUCGAGUUCCGUGGGCACCUGGUGGACGUCAGCGGCACGGGGACCCUGUCGCAGAGCUACCAGUACGAGGUGUGUCUGACGGGAGGAACUGGGACCAGAGAGUUCAAAUUCCUGAAGCCGAUUCUCCCCAAUCUCGCACCCCAGCGCAUAGGCAGGGAAGUGGAAGAAUAUCCCUCAUAUCGGAAUGAUUUGGGUUUGUGAUAAAAAUAAAAAAUACCGUUAUUGUAUCUGUGAAUAUAUUCCUGUUAAGAAAUUUAUCUCAAUUUUACCUGUAGAGGAGUACUUGCACAUCAUUGCAGGUAUUACUAAGGUCAAAGAAUGAAUUUCUUCACACAGGAAAGGAUUCACCUUUAGCCCUAAGAACACAAAGCAUGGAUUGGGUAUUGUCAUCUUUUGCCUCAGUUAUGCUUUGUGUGCAGUCUAUUACAUGACAAAUCUUGUUUGAGACGUUUUAAAUUGGAAUUCACUGUCUUCAAAUGUUAUUGCUACUUUUAUUUUCUGAGUUGAUUAGAGUGCUGUGCAAGUACCUUAAUUUAAAAAAAAUACCAUGCAAUAUAUACUUAUUUUGACAUUUUCAAUUUUAGAAAUAAACCUAUGAUGGGAGGUAUUUUAGAAAUGAGCAAACGUAUGUUCAUAGCGGUUCUGUGAGUUCACAAAGGUCACCAAUAAAUGGCAGAGCUAAGCAUCUCUUAUAAAUCUGAUUCUGGGGCCUUAUUGUGAUGCUAUACUGUAUUCUCUUGUUAGGUAUCACCUGGCAAGUUUCUGCCUAAUUAAAGAGAAAUCUUUCUCUCAUAUCUCUGUACAGUCUUUUCUGUAUUUGUAAAGAAUAAGAUGUGUACUGUGGUUUUAUUUUCUUAUAAACUAACAAUACAGUUUUUGUGGAUAAUAAUUCAGAAAUAAUAACUCAAGUAUUAUUUUUAAAGCUCUGACCUAACCAAAUCUCAAAAACAAUGGAAAGAUCCGUAUCUUCUUUUUGUUAUCUGAACUCAUGACCUGCAUUUCAUAGAAAAGAUUAAUGACCAUGAAUAGAAAUACAAUUAUUAAUUUUAAUCACUUAUUUCCCUCCCAUUGUAAUUUUUCUACGUUAGCCCCUAUUUGCUCUUUUUAACACAUUUUCCCUUUAAAUUGAAAGUUUAUUUUUAAAGUUAUAUUCAAUAUACUUAAAUGCUGAAUCAGGAAAAGGGGAGGAACAGAAUUUUACACAAUGAGAGAAAUUAAGACAUACCAUCCAAAUGUAAUGGAUGGUGGAUCUUUGAAUUUUGAUUCAAUGAGUACAACUUAGAAAUAAUUAGAAAAGUCUGACUAUAAACUGAUAUUAAACAAUAUUAAUUUCUUAGGUGUGAUAAGGUCACUGUAGUGUUUCUUAAAAACUGAAACUUAGAGAUGUAUAAUAAAAUUUUUACAAGUGAAAAUUUAGUUUGUCUGGGAUGUGAAAAUGUUGGGGAUAUAGGGUAAACAAUUAUGGCAAAAUAUUAAUACCUGUUCUAACUAGCUAUGAGUACCUGGGAGUUCGUCAUACCACUCUCCUUCAUUAUGGGGUUUGAAUUUUUUCAAAAAUAAAAGAUUUUUUAAAUGGA